AUGACGCCUCCCGAAGCCGCUGAGAUGGACUCUAUUAACCUGAUCGCCAGCGACAUGAAGGAGCUGGUCCGAAAAAUACAAGAUCUACGCCACAUCGGAAUCGAGGACAAGAUGAUUGUGCUUCCAAAAAUCUGCGUCAUUGGUGACCAGAGUGCCGGUAAAAGCUCUUUGAUCGAGGGAAUGAGCGAGAUCAAGGUGCCACGAAGCGCAGGGACCUGUACCAGAUGUCCCAUGGAGAUCAAUCUCUGUGAUGGGGAGCCUGACCAGCCCUGGACUUGCAAGGUCUUCUUGUCGCGGAAGUACAUGUUUGACGCCUCUAAGAAGAUUGGCAAAAUUUCGAAAAACGAAACAGAUCCUGGUUAUUGUCAGGUAAAAUUCUCGCCCAACGUCGUCCGACUAGAUAUUACGGCUCCAGGCUUUCCUAGCCUAUCAUUCUACGACUUACCUGGUGUCAUCAGCCAAGCCGAACACGAAGAAGAGCGCUAUCUUGUCUUUCUGGUCGAGAACCUUGUCAAGCAUUACAUUCUGCAGCAACACUGUAUCGUCCUGUUGACAUUGCCGAUGACGAACGAUGCAACUAAUUCGAGCGCGGCACGAAUUAUGCAAGAGAUCCGUGGGGCGAAUGCUAGAACAAUGGGCGUUCUAACGAAACCCGACCGCGUACAGACCGGGGAAUCAUUUGCCCAGUGGGUCGAAAUACUUGAAGGGGACAAGUUUUCGCUUGGCCAUGGGUACUUCGUCGUUCGUAACAAUCCCGACCCGGCUGUAGAGCACUAUGUGGCUCGGGAAGAAGAGGAUGCUUUCUUCGCAAGCCCGCCCUGGGCAACAGAUUUGGCUCUCUAUCAAGAGAAGUUUGGGACACGCCGAUUACAAACGGCUCUCUCCUCCCUCCUUCUUGAACAGAUUCAAGGAUGUUUACCGGACUUUAUUGAGAAGAUAAACGCCAAAGCAGAUCGAAUCGAGACCGAACUUCGGACUCUUCCAGAUCCCCCCUCCGCAAACGUUCCAUAUAUUAUUUGCGGCAAGCUGAAUCAACUGAAGGAUCAGAUCCGCGCUCACAUUGAUGGCGGGUCAGCAAAUUACCCUCUACAGAAGAUUUGGUCGCAUAUUGCCAUGGAUUUCAAGCGAGCUCUGAUCAAGACUCGGCCCACUGUGCACUUGCUCUCUUCAAGUGAUAAGUUCCCUGGUCCGACGGGCCGCGAUGCGGAGGGAAGCGAUUCAGACUGCGAGAUGACAACGGUCCCACAGCCGGCCAAACGCAAGUCACCUGACCAGACGGACCCAAAAGCCAUUGAGAUCAUGAACCAGAUGAGCGUAAAGCACUGGUACGACCCACUGUCAGUGUUCCUGGUUGCCACCCAUCGACUUGUCCGGGACAUGCUGCACAAGCAGCUGGAUGAAGUCUUUCUGCAAUACCAUCAGACGGGCUUAUAUCGAGAACUCAAGAGAAUCAUUGAAGGCUUUUUGUAUAAGCUACGGGCAGCCCACUUUGAACACGCACAGGAAAACUUUAAUAUCGAAUACAAUAAACCCUUCACAUUGGCACUUUCGGCAUUGGACCAAUCAAUCAAGUCUGCUUACAUUUUUCUUGCGGAAAAGCGUCGAUUUGCUCGCGCAAGCUCUUACCUCGAUGCUCAGGGAAAGUACCCUCGAGGAGACGCCCGACGGGAAGCUGAGCUUAAAAAGCUUACAGAUGUCGAGCUGGGGCGCGACCAGUUCUCGCAGGAGCUGACCAUGAUGGCGACGAGUCGAGGAUACUACGACUUGGCGAGUUCGCGGUUUAUUGAUUCGAUUUGCCAGAGCGUGCACACUAAAUUGUUCGCAAAAUGUCGUGAUGACCUCAUAAAGGAGAUUGAAAGAGAGCUUUGUAUCUUCGAUGAAAACGAACUUAUGGAGGAGGACCCUGACCGCCAGAGACGCCGCCAAUUCCUUCUCAGAGAGAAGGAGCGAAUCGAUAAGGCCCAGGAGUGGCUAAAGCUGGCGAGGAAGGAGGACGACCAGGAAGACCCGUUCGAUAAUGUGAGAAUCAAGUCCCAGCCUCCCGACGAUUGGACUACUUGA